AUGGCGGGCUUUGAUGAAGGAAUUCUGGAAUCUUGGGGUCCAGCAGUUUGGGGAGUCAUUUUCGACCGAUUGCAAAGUGGAAACGUCAAAGGUGGUGUGCUUCAGGUUGCCUGGCCUAGCAAAGUCGACAAGAAAACAGCAGCCCAGCAAAUCCAAUGGGCCACCAAGUUGCCUCUUGUCCAGCUCCCUCAGAAGGCACUCGAGAUCAUAUUCGACAGGAUGGUUGGUUUCUCAGUGGGAGUGCGAUAUAUGGAGGAAAAGAAGAUCCACGCUAUGCAUGGACUCGUAAGACACAAUGGACCUCUCAAAGCGGGCGUGGAAAAAUGGCUAAAGCGCCCUGGUACCGUUGAUAAAUGGAAGGAAUUGAUCCUAUCAUACACAAAUUACGAAGAUGCAAUGGGCCAUUUGUCGGAUUGCACUACAUUCCCAAGAGAAACGGACAACCAUCCAUUCAAGACCCAUCCUGCAUACAAUGCCGCAGUUCAAUGCUCUUCCUGCUUAGAGUUCCUGGUUCAAUAUGGGAUUGUCACGCCCAAUGGCUAUGAUCUAUCGGGAAGAAGCUGGCUUGAGGCAGGACUGAAUGGUCCCAAUAUGGAUUUGCUCACCUACAUUGUCAGCAAUGCGGAUCCUCAACAUCUGAUCAAACCCAGAGAUAUCAGAGAAACCCGCGAAAACCACAUUCUUCUUUCACUCGUCGGCGUGGGUGCAUUUCCCCAGUUCGUAGUUGCCCUGAACAGGUUACGUCAGGCACAGCUUGUGCCGAUCGAGGAACUUCGCACAAUCUUCCACGAAGCAGCGAUGCACGAGUUCUGCGCUGUCGCACCCGUCGCCGUAGCUGAAGCAUUAUACCAACACGGAAUCAACAUCGGCAACGUUGAGCACCAGUUCCACGAGCUCGGCGGACAACUAGAAUCCUCCUGGCACAUCGCAGCAGCCUUCAAUCCCGCCGGAGCCGAUUUUAUGGACUGGCUCGAUAAAUUCUCCAUGCUCACAGCAGAGGUCCGAAACUCAGAAAACAUGAACCCGUUAAUGUACGCCGCAUGCUUCGACGAGCCAGCCGCCAUCGACUGGCUGUGCCAGAAAUCCGAUCCAAUGCAGCCGAGACUAGACGGAGGCCCACAAGGGUACGCCUUGAUCUGCGCGGCUCGAAGCUCGUACCUUCACAGCGGCGAGAUAUUCUCCAUCAUCCUCUCCCAUCUCCCAGAGUCGCUCUUCGAUAAUGAAUACGGUAAGAUUUUCGGCACCGAGAUCGCCGAAGGACUAGCAUCGCACAAGCGCAAGCUCGCCGACCGCCGAAUCACAGAACCCACACAGAAUGUAAUGGAGCUCCUCGCGAUGCGCAAGAUGCAAGCGCUAGUCCGUCGUCUGUCCAAUUACUGGCCUGGCAGCGAAUGGCAUCUAGCGCUGAAGGCGUUCGUACAAGAUAAUGAUAUGCUUGGCCUCAUGCACAGUAUUGGAACAGGCACGCGGAUGCUUCGGAGCAGCUCGCGGGAUGGCUCGCGCACUAGAGAUAGCGCAGUUUACCCCAGAAGCCCUCAAACACGCACGCUUUCCCGACAUGAGGUACCGCUAAUGUAUGAUGAUGGCACUGUGCCGGCUGCUGUUCGCGCGGAGCGUAUUAGGAGGAAUAGACCGGCACGUGUUACUGCUCGCAUCUGUGCGUAG